AUGUGUGAGUACAGCUACUUAUUUUGCCCGAUCAUCUCUCAUGGCAGAUUUAUCAUCAAAGAGGAAGAGACACUAAUAAUCAAGGUGAAGGCAGGAUGUAGAAAAGGAACAAAGUUAACAUUUGAAGGAAAGGGAGAUGAGAAACCAGGCACCCUUCCAGCAGACAUAAUCUUCGCCAUUGUUGAAAAAAAGCAUCCAAUUUUUAAACGAAGAGGAGAUGAUUUGGAGAUAGGAGUUGAACUGCCUCUGGUUCAAUCCCUAACAGGUUGUACAUUUACAGUCCCUCUAUUAGGAGGAGGCCAAACGACACUUUCAAUGGAUGAAAUUAUAUAUCCUGGAUAUGAGAAAAUUAUCCCUGGACAAGGUAUGCCUAAAUUCACAGAUGAAGCUAAGAGAGGACAUCUUCGACUCAAAUUUCUCGUCAAAUUUCCAACAGAAUUGAGCAAUGAACAACGCUCCGAUCUAGUUAAUAUUUUACAAGAAUGUUCUUGA